GGCUCCCCUCGCUGGGCAGUCGGAGGGGACGGGACGCACCGGAGGGCGGGCGGACUCGCCCUGUCGGUGACUGCGCGGUCCUGGCGCGUCCUGCCUGGCCGCAGGUGCCCUGGAUGAGGCCGCCCCGCGGGUCCCGAACGUCCCUAGGUAAGUACUGGUUCCAGGUGAUGAUCUCCAGGGAAAUCAGCCUUGGGCUCUGAGGGUUGCCCCUUUCAACACCACCUACCAACCACCUGGGAGAAGAUUGGGGCCAGACUUGUGGGGGCCUCUGUGAAGGUGAACAAGAACACAUCCACAUUCUGGGAGAAUGGCACACUCCAAUCCCAUGGGGGACAGAAGCGCCUGCACUUCAGACUCUGCCCUAUUUCUGGCUGUUUAUUUGUAUCCUUAAAAUACAGUUUGUAAUAAACUAGCACAUACUUUACCGUGUUUCUCUGAGUUCUGUGAGCUGCUCUAGCAAAUAAAUCAAACUCAAGGAGAAGGUUGUAGAAACCCCAGUUUAUAGCCCGUUGGUCAGAAGCACAGGUAAAAUAAUGGAGAUUGGGAUUGGCCUCGGAAGUGGGGCUCAGUCUUUGGGUCUGAGUCCUCAACCUGUGCAAUCUCACGCUAUCUAUAGGUGUAGCUGGUGUCAGAAUUGGUUUGAAUUAGAGAACACCCAGUUGGUAUCUGCUGUAGAAUUGAUUGUUUGCUUUUUGGUACAGAGAAAUCCUUACACACUUUUUGAGGUCACAAGGGUUGAUUGUUGAAUGACAAUGUGAGGAAACUGAGUUUGUUUUUUCUAUAGAUUCCCAAACAGGAAAGUGUCUGAAAUAUACUUAAAGCUAAAGGAGAAACCCACUGUUAAUGUUAAAUAUAAUCUAUAAGGAGAAACCCAAGUACUUUCUUAAGAGUUAAAUAUGCAUGUGGCCAAAGGGGAGCUUCUUUAUCUAAUUAUUUCAUCUUUGAUAUUGGGUAUUGACAUGAAAAAAGCAGUCCAACCCCAUUAUCCUUCAGGUGAUCAGUACUCAGAUGAGUUUUAUUUAACAUUUUUAUAAAUGAUUUAAAAGAUAGACUGGCAGUGACAGUUGCCAGAUUUGUAGCUGACUCCAUGUGCUGUUCCAGGUAGUUAAAAGCCAAGCCAGCAAGGAGAAGCUACAGGAAUAUCCUCUGAUGAGUUUUCAUGUGGCACAGAAUAAGAUAAUGCAUUUAGGGGAAGAUAUUCCAAAUUAUAUUUAUAGGACCUGAGUUGUGACCCAGGAAGGAGAUCCAGAAGUUAUGUAGAUUACUUCCUUGGAGGCAUUUAUUGUGGUUGCCGCUGGGUCAGAAAGUUCAAGAAUAAGUGAAGCAUUGUUGGGCAUGGUUCUGAAAACAAAAAUGAUGUUAUAUAAAAAAAUAAAGGGGUUAUCAUAUUUUGACUGUUUAUUAUGUUCCAGGCUAAGUGAUUUAUUAUGACUGUUCUUACAUUUAAUUCUAUUAAUUCAGAAAGGUAGGUGGCAUUAUUGACAAGAGAAGGUUAAGUGACUUUCCCAAGUCAGCCCAUGUAUGGUAGAGUUGAGACUAAUGUGCUAGUCUAUUGAUUGUUAAUCCUAGACAUUUCCCAGGAUAUUAGGAGGCACUACUUAAAACUUGUAAUAAUUUAAUUUGGGGUUUAUGAAGUGCUCUUUUACUCUUUGCUAUGGUUGGCUUUGGAUGUCGUUUUACCACAAGGAUGGUACCUAAAUACUUUGAGAAGAUUUAGAGACAUUCCUUAAAUUCUUAAUUUUUAAGGAAAGCUAGGAAUAUCUUGGUCUACAGUUUUAGUCACCUCUGGUUACCCAUGGCAUUUCUUCCCUUGACUUAAUAAAAUGCUGGAUGGGAUUUUUACAAGGAAGAUGGCACUGUAGGACCAACUCAGGAUUGCAGCUCCCAGUGAAAGCACAGAGGGGGUAGAGACCACUGAAGAAUUUUGAACAGAGACUAUUCGGAGACGGUAUGGAAGAUAGUUUGAGGCAGGUCCAGCUGGGCUCUGAAUCUGGAGGGGUCAGAUCAUCAAAUACCAAGUUUCUGCUACAGAUUUUAUAAUCAAUGGAUAAAGUGGGGAAAAUGUGGAAUAACUUCAAAUACAGGUGUCAGAAUCUCUUCAGUCAUGAGGGAGGAAGCCACAAUGAAAAUGUGGACAUGAACUCCAACAGAUGUUUGUCUGUCAAAGAGAAAAGCAUCAGCAUAGGAGACUCAACUCCUCAGCAACAAAGCAGUCCCUUAAGAGAAAAUGUUGCCUUAGAACUGGGAUUAAGCCCUUCAAGGAAUUCUUCAAGGAGAAAUCAAAAUUGUGCCACUGAAAUCCCUCAAAUUGUUGAAAUAAGCAUCGAAAAGGAUAAUGAUUCUUGUGUUACCCCAGGAACAAGACUUGCACGAAGAGAUUCCUACUCUCGACAUGCUCCGUGGGGUGGGAAGAAAAAACAUUCCUGUUCUACAAAGACCCAGAGUUCAUUAGAUACUGAUAAAAAGUUUGGUAGAACUCGAAGUGGACUUCAAAGGAGAGAGAGGCGCUAUGGCGUAAGUUCUGUACACGACAUGGACAGUGUUUCCAGCAGAACUGUAGGAAGUCGUUCUCUGAGACAGCGGUUGCAGGAUACUGUGGGCUUGUGUUUUCCCAUGAGAACUUACAGCAAGCAGUCGAAACCUCUCUUUUCCAAUAAAAGAAAAAUCCAUCUUUCUGAAUUAAUGCUUGAGAAAUGCCCUUUUCCUGCUGGUUCAGAUUUAGCUCAAAAAUGGCAUUUGAUUAAACAGCAUACAGCUCCUGUGAGCCCACAUUCAACAUUUUUUGAUACAUUUGAUCCAUCUUUGGUUUCUACAGAAGAUGAAGAAGAUAGGCUUAGAGAGAGAAGGCGGCUUAGUAUUGAAGAAGGGGUUGAUCCCCCUCCCAAUGCACAAAUACAUACAUUUGAAGCUACUGCACAGGUUAAUCCAUUAUAUAAACUGGGACCAAAGUUAGCUCCUGGAAUGACUGAAAUAAGUGGGGACAGUUCUGCAAUUCCACAAGCUAAUUGUGACUCAGAAGAGGAUGCAACCACCCUGUGUUUGCAGUCACGGAGGCAGAAGCAGCGUCAGGUAUCUGGAGACAGCCAUACCCAUGUUAGCAGACAGGGAGCUUGGAAAGUCCACACACAGAUUGAUUACAUACACUGCCUUGUGCCUGAUUUGCUUCAAAUUACAGGGAAUCCCUGUUACUGGGGAGUGAUGGACCGUUAUGAAGCAGAAGCCCUUCUUGAAGGGAAACCUGAAGGCACGUUUUUGCUCAGGGACUCUGCGCAAGAGGACUACCUCUUCUCUGUGAGCUUCCGACGUUACAACAGAUCCCUGCAUGCCCGAAUUGAGCAGUGGAAUCACAACUUUAGUUUUGAUGCCCAUGACCCAUGUGUAUUUCACUCCUCCACUGUAACAGGACUUUUAGAACAUUAUAAAGAUCCAAGUUCAUGCAUGUUUUUUGAACCGUUGCUUACUAUAUCACUAAAUAGGACUUUUCCUUUUAGCCUGCAGUAUAUCUGCCGUGCGGUAAUCUGCAGGUGCACUACGUAUGAUGGCAUUGAUGGGCUCCCUCUACCCUCAAUGUUACAGGAUUUUUUAAAAGAAUAUCAUUAUAAACAAAAAGUUAGAGUUCGCUGGUUAGAACGAGAACCAGUCAAGGCAAAGUAAACUCUCCUGUCCCCAAAGGGUGUUAACUAGGUCCGCUUUCAUGUGCAUCAGACAGUACACUUGUAGCAAGCACACGUAGCAGUGUUAGGCUUUUUCAUACAGUAUGUAAGCUUAGUGUUAGUAUCUGUCAGAUGUGACCUGCUGUUACUUAUUCAGAUAAACAUGGUGCCUAUUGGAACAAUAGAGGAUAGAGCUACAGGUGUUCAGUAAGACUACAAAAACAUUUUGCCGAUUUCGCUAACAGUUUGGUUUUUAAUGGCUGUAGUAUUUGAGUGAGGCAACUCUGGGGCAUUUGUUAUGAAGAAUUCUAUUUCUUACUGAAGAACAAAUUAUUAAUAUUGGAUGAGCAUUUCAACAGUGUGACUAAUGUUUGAAAUUAUUUUUUCUAAGAGUUUUUCUAUAACCUUCCAAAAGUAGUGAUGUUUGUAGUUACUAUAAAUUAAGCUUUGGGAGUCCAAAAAAUAAAAAAUAAAAGACUGCCUUCCUUUUAGAAAAAAAUGCAAUUUUCUGGCCACAAGGGCAUAGUGCAGUUGACUUCAGUGUUGAUGUAGUUUAUAAUCAGACACAUUUUCUCUUCUGCAAAAGGUACUGUUAAGUAAACCAGAUUUUCUAAAUAGUCAUUCUUAAAAUUUCAGACUUACAAAGCUAGCAGUAGAAUUUUAUUGAAAGGCCCUAGGUAUUAAUUUUUUAAGUGAGUGCUUUAACUUAAAACUGGCAUUUGGAAUAGCUGCUGCAAUGUAGUCUUGCGUGUGAUUUUUUUUAAGUUGAUGUGCAGUCUAAUUGUUGUUUCGUAAAAGUUGGAUCUUUUCCUAUGCCCAGGAUGAUUUUGUGAACCAUGAAGUACAUGAGACUAGAAGAUGCCCAAACAAAUCAGAUGAUAGUAACUACAAUGGUUGCUGAUGUUGAGAUUAUUGUUGAACUGUAAUUAAUAAUUUGGAUGGCAGUAUUUAUCUCUUUUUUGUAAACUCUCAUAGCUGAAUUGCUUAAGUAUAAUUUAUAGGACUUUCAGUGCAGUUAAUUCUUAAUGGAAAAUCUGAAACCUAAAUUGCAGAGUUAAAAGGUACUGUACAACCAUUAUAUCUGUAAAUAACUUUACUUAGCACCUUUUUGUCACUUAGAAUAAUAUGUACUACUACUUGAGUGAGCUCUUUUGGAAGUUAUAUCAAGUUCUAGUGUUUGCUUCUUAGUAACUGGACUGAAUUUACAGUUCUGUCCUAGACAUUUGCACUAAAGUAGCCAAAUCCAUUCUUGUGUCUUUCUGUUUAUGUGCUCUGUACCACUGGUGAGUGCUCCAUAGUUUCCUUACCUGCUGCUACAGAACGUUAUUUUACAUCCCUAUGGUUAUUGCCAAGGCUACAAAAAAAGAAAAGCUAUAUUUGUAUGCAACACUAACCCUUUGACUGCUAAUGUAUGUUUCUGCUUGCUGUGCCUUGUUAUGGCUGCUUUUUUGUGCUAAUAAAGUAUGUUUGGUGUUCUCCUUGUAGAUCUGCUGUUUUAUACAUUUGCAACAAUUUCUCUUGUAAAUGGAAUGGUUUGGGGUUUUUAAAGAAGCAUUAACUAACAACCUUUCCAUAGUUAAUGCAGAGUUAUUAUACAGUCUAAUAUUGACUUAUCAGAAUAAGCUAACUCCAAAUUUAAUGCUCUACGUCUUAUCAGUCAUAAUCACAUAUACUGUGGAACAGUAUGUAUAGUUACUGCAAAUUACUGUACAGUUUAGGUUAUAACAGAACUGACAGAGAAAUAGUAAGCCUAUUGAUUUCUCUGCUUAUAAGUGAAAGAUUGAAACUAUCCAAUGACAUAUUAUAGUAAUGAGUAUGUAACCUCCCACUGCAUCAGAAGCAGAUUGAAUGAAGUCUUGUGAAUUAGUAAUACGUCAGUACUGUGUAUUGGUUUGGGGACCAUCUUAAUUAAAAAUAAAUGCCCAAAAUGUAGAACUUUAACCAAAGACUUGUCCAUUUUAAAGCAAAAUGGGGAUUGAAGGGACUUAUAAUUUCUGUUGUUUCUAAUUGAAGUCCCUGAAGAUCAUAUACCAAAGUGUUUGAGAACUUCAUCCAAACCUACUUUAAAGCAUUAUGUGCAAUUAAGUUGUUAUGACAUUAUUAUAUUGCGUAAUUGUUGGGUCUAUUUUCUUGAGCUUAUAAUGUACCUGGAAAAUAAACCUCUUGAGGAAAAAAAAAGUCCAUCCUGAUUAUUGGAAAAGGACUAUAUAUGUAAACAAGAUUGUGUUUUAGAGAGGAAACUUGAAACUCCAAGAAAGCACUUGAUGUUUUUAUAUGCUUGUAGCAAAUUGAUGUUCUAACUGUAGUUUUUUAGAAAAUAUUAAUGCUUUUAUGUAUUUAAAACUUUCAUGUGUUAAAUGGAAAUUGUUUUAAAUGUGUUUGAGUUUAUGUAAGCAUGUGUACACUGUGCGAAAAGUCACUUCUGUUUCAGUUUGUGUAUAAUAUUAAUAUGCAAUAUUUGGUUUAAAUUUUUUUCUUAAAAUAUUAGUGUCUUACAUUUUAAAAAAGAAAAAUCACCAGCAUGAACUUGCACCUAAGUCUAUAUUCACUGUGUCCUUUUCUGAAUCCCAUUGUAGCCUGUCAACUAAAUUUGAGUGUUAUGGUCUUUUUAAAGUACAUUUAAAUACAAACCAGGAAUUCCUUUAAAAGUUGAGAUACAUCUUUAUAGUUGAAAUAAUUAACCCAAGAAAAGGUUGCUUUGAUUUGUACCCAUUCUCAUUCGUUCUCUUCAUUCCCUUAUACACACACACACACACACACACACACACACCCCUACCUCUCCCUUCCCCCAUAUGUACAAGUGUGUAUUAUGUAUGUAUGCACAUAUAUAUGUUUAUGUUGUUAAUAUUACUUUAGAUGGCAUUGCCACCUGAUAGAAAAGCAUUUAGAGAUCUUAUGCUAUAGAUAUUACCUGAAGAGUAUUCUUGUACUAUUCAAAUUUUAUUCUCUGCACUUAAAGUUUAGCCUUGCUACUUUAGUCUUGUUUAUAAUACAGUCACCUUACAAAAAGA